AGGUCCGUUUUUUUUUUUUUUUUUACCUCUUCGCUUUCCUUAUUCCACCCUGCCUUGCUCUCUUUCUUUCUCUAUUUAAAACGCCUUUCCCCUGCCGAGCGCGUAUUGUAUUUAUUUAUUUAUGCAUCUCAUUUGAAGUAUUUAAAUAUUAUUAUUGAAAACAUAUUUUUCUCUCUUUUUUUUUUUUUUUUUUUUUUGUGUUGUUGUUGUUGCACAUUUUUAAGCCGUUCCUCAAAUGAGAAGACGUAAAAGAUGGAGCUUCAUAUUUUAGAGCACAGCUUGAAAGUGGCGAGUAUAGAAAAAGAGGGGAUCCAGAUUUGCACUCACGGAUUAAUAAAACUCGCUUUCCUGGCCUCCAAAACAAGAUGCAAGUUCUUCAGCCUGACGGAGACUCCAGAGGACUACACCAUCAUCGUGGACGAGGAAGGCUUUAAAGAGCUGCCGCAGUCGGAGCACAUCAGCGUCGCCGACGCCACGUGGUUGGCCCUCAACGUGGUGCCGGGGGGCGGCAACGCCUCCAACUCGCAACCCAUCGGAGUCACCAAAAUCGCUAAAUCGGUCAUCGCGCCGCUGGCCGACCACAACAUCUCCGUUUUCAUGCUGUCGACGUAUCAGACCGACUUCAUUCUGGUGCGGGAGCGAGACCUGCCGAUGGUCAUGCACACGCUGUCUUCCGAAUUCACUUUGCUCCGGGUGGUCAACGGAGAGACCGUCGCCGUCCACGACCUCGGGGUCACCAAUGGCUUCGUGAAGCCCAAACUGGCACCCCGUCCCGUCAUUCACCCGUUGUCUAGUCCCAGCAACAUGUUCUGUGUGACCAGCCUGGACCCGGACACGCUGCCCUCUGUAGCCACCCUGCUCAUGGACGUCAUGUUUUACUCUGGAGGGCUAAAGGAGGCCGGAGCCUCCAGCGAGGACUCCAGCCACAUCCGCUUCUUCUCCUUCUCCCUAAUCGAGGGCUACAUCUCUCUGGUCAUGGACGAACAGACGACUCAAAGGUUUCCCAACAAUGUCCUCUUCACCAGUGCUUCUGGUGAGCUCUGGAAAAUGGUUCGGAUCGGUGGACAGCCCUUAGGGUUCGACGAGUGCGGCAUCGUGGCUCAAAUAUCAGAACCCCUGGCCACCGCUGACAUUCCAGCUUACUACAUCAGCACCUUCAAGUUCGACCAUGCGCUGGUCCCCGAAGAAAACAUCCAAAGUGUGAUCGGAGCCCUGCGGACCAAGAGCACGGCGGAGUGAAGGAAGAGAAGAGGAAGAAGAAGAAGAAGAAGAAGAAGAAGAAGAAGAAGAAGAAGAAGAAGAAGAAGAAGAAGAAGAAGAAGAAGAAGAAGAAGAAGAAGAAGAAGAAGAAGAAGAAGAAGAAGAAGAAGAAGAAGAAGAAGAAGAAGAAGAAGAAGAAGAAGAAGAAGAAGAAGA